AUGGAGGAAGGAUUUGGGAAUCAAUCCAACUUGACUCUUAGACCAGUGUUCCCCCCUAGAGCCAUUCCAAGCAGUCCUCUGAUUGGUCUAGAAGUAUUCCUCGGCUCAGUGGGAUUGGUCGGUAAUGCCCUUGUGUGUAUAACGAUUUGGCAUAGUAAGACACUGCACACCCUCACCAACUAUCUGAUUCUGAACUUGGCCAUUGCUGAUUUUCUCAUCUCGUUAUGUGCAAUAUUGAAUCCCUGGCUAAUCUGGGAGAAGUUCAGUUCAACCGUAUUGCCGAUGUGUUACACUGAUGCUAAUAUUGAUAGCUACCUAGAUGUACAGGUGUAUUCUUUAUUCCAUCGAAUCUUCACGGAUAGCUCACCGCUGUGCCUGCUCCUUGUUACCCUCGAGCGGUUCGUGGGAAUAGUCCAGCCCCUCAAACACCCCACCUUCUUCUCGACCUUGAAAACCGUUAUUCUUCUCCUACUGACCUGGGCCGUGCCGUUCCUCCUGGAGGCUCCGGCCGGACUCUGGUUCAUCGUCAAGUACAUCCAGAACAAUUGCAUGGCGUCUAAUGCACGAGACGAGCCGUGGAUCAUCACCUUCCCGGUUGUCAGUUCCGUCAUUGCCGUCAUCGUUCCGGCAUUGAUCAUGGUAUACAUGUAUAUUGUGAUCCUUCGGAACUUAAAACGGAGCGCCAGGAACCUAGAAGAACAGGGAAUCCACGGACCACCACAGGAACUCCACAGGGCUCAUCAGAAGGUGGUAAACACUCUCGUUCUGGUCACCAUCGUCUUCAUCGUGCUCAUAUUCCCAUGUAGAGUUAUCUACAUCUAUACUGUUGUCAGUCUGGUUCCGACUGCCCCACAACCCGUGGUCUUACAGCAGAUCGUCCUAAUCCUCGGAGUCCUGAAUUCCGGCAUCAAUCCCGUAGUGUACGGAUUCAAGUAUGAUAAGUUCCGGAGAGCCUUCAUUGAUAUGAUGUGUUGCUGCUGUAAGAGAUCUAGGGAUAACGCUGUACAUACCGAGAUGAAUGCGACACGUGGUACACAAUCUACGGAACCGUGA